GACUCCUGCAGUCGAGUUUCCUCUGGACAUGUUCAAGGCCACAUCUUCAACAUGCUAUCCUAAGAAGACCGCACAAUUCAUAAACCCCUUCAGCCAUCACUCUGCAGCCCAGUUCUUGGCCGCAGCAGCAGCACCACAGUCGUUACCCUUGAUACAGAAGCGACCUCCGGAGGUCAUGAUAGCUGGUCGUGCCAAUGUCGGCAAGUCCACCUUGGUGAAUGCGGUUUUGGGACGCACUAGUCUGGCCUCGACGAGCAAGCAAGGCGGCCACACUCGAACGUUAAACUUCUAUGGCGUUGGCCCAGUUCCGCAUAAGCUUGUUGUUGUGGACGCCCCCGGCUAUGGCGUGCGCAGCAAGGCUGAGUGGGGAAGGUUGUUUCAGCACUACAUCGAACACAGAGAAGAGCUGAAGCGCAUCUACAUCCUCAUCAACGGCGAACAUGGCGCGAAAGACGUAGACGCUAGCAUGCUUGAGAACCUCAACAAUCAGUGUAUGAUGUCACUGCAAGCUGGUCGGCCUAUAACUAUGCAGGCUAUCAUCACGAAGACGGACAACAUCAGAGGUGACGCACGCUCGCAUGUACAGCAGAUCAGGCAGGCCAUCUUCGAAGCAGCGCCGCUUUGUCUACCGCCCGUCAUCACUGCGGCUACGAAGAAUCAGUUCUGGGGCAGGGAUGAGGUUCGACGUAGUAUUAGUGAAGCGUGUGCUUUAGGGUGUAUAACUGGCAAAGUGACACAUUCGUGACCCUUCACGUAUCGGAC